CGCGCCCGCGGCCCCUCAGCUCCCCUCGACAUGGCGCUGAGGCGGCGGCCGACGGUCCGGCUCUGCGCCCGGCUGUCUGACUUCUUCCUCCUGCUGAUUUUCAGGGGUUGCUUGAUUGGGGCUGUGAAUCUCAAAUCCAGCAACCGGACCCCAGUGGUACAGGAAUUUGAAAGUGUGGAACUCUCCUGUAUCAUUACGGAUUCACAGACAAAUGACCCCAGGAUUGAAUGGAAGAAAAUUCAAGAUGACCAAACCACAUAUGUGUUUUUUGACAACAGAAUCCAGGGAGAUUUGGCAGGUCGUGCAGAAUUAUUGGGUAAAACCUCUCUAAGGAUCUGGAAUGUGACCCGGACGGACUCAGCCCUUUAUCGCUGUGAAGUGGUUGCUCGAAACGACCGCAAGGAAAUUGAUGAGAUUGUCAUUGAAUUAACUGUGCAAGUGAGGCCGGUACCUCCUGUGUGCAGAGUACCAAAGGCGGUACCCGCAGGCAAGACGGCCACGCUGCAGUGCCAGGAGAGCGAGGGCUUCCCCCGGCCUCACUACAGCUGGUAUCGCAAUGACGUGCCACUGCCCACGGAUUCCAGAGCCAAUCCCAGAUUUCGAAACUCCUCUUUUCUCUUAAACUCUGAAACAGGCACUCUGGUUUUCAGUGCUGUUCACAAGGAAGACUCUGGGCAGUAUUACUGCGUUGCUUCCAAUGAUGCAGGCACAGCCAGAUGUGAGGAGCAGAUGAUGGAAGUCUAUGACCUGAACAUUGGUGGCAUUAUCGGGGGGAUCCUGGUGGUGCUUGCUGUUCUGGCCCUGAUAACAGUAGGCAUCUGCUGUGCAUACAGACGGGGUUACUUCAUCAGUAAUAAACAGAAUGGUGAAAGUUACAAGAGUCCGGGGAAGCCAGAUGGAGUCAACUAUGUGAGGACAGAGGAGGAGGGCGACUUCAGACACAAGUCAUCAUUUGUGAUCUGAACUCUGAUGGUGUGGCUGAGGGAGCACAUGCAAAUACCUCUACCAGAAACUCCUAUCAAGAGCAACCCAGGAGCCAAGUGCACUUGGACAGAGCUAGACACUUGCACAAAAGCUUUUUGUUUGGCCAAAGUUGACCGCUACUCCUUUCUUACUCUUUAACAAGCCACAUAAAUAAAAGAAGUUUCCUCCAGCUGCGCAAAGUCAUCAUAAGUAAAAAAAUUGCAUUUCACUGAGGCUGAUUCCCAGUCUAUUUCUAGCCUGGCUCCCACCUGAGUCUUAGGGUUACACUGUGAGGCUCUUGCUUACAGACGCUGGGCUGGGUGGGCCUCGGCACUGUGGGCCUGUGAAGCCGAUGUAUUUGCCACUCAGUGACGUAAGCCAGGGUGCGCCCCGUGAGAGGGGACGCAGGGCAGCCGCACAGCACCAGCACUGCAGGACUUGGGAGCAUGACCCACCACGAACUCUGCAGCUGGAGGGAGUCUGAACCAGUGAGUCCAGAAAAGUGGCGUUUUAUGCGAUGACCUUGGUUCAUAGUGACCCACAGCCAGCACUGCACUGAUUGUUCUUAAAGGUUCUGUUGAUCAGUAUUUUAGCAUUCGUUUUGGAAAAUCUUUGUGGAUCAGAAUUUUAUUAAAACAGCUCAGAUCAGGAAGAUACGUUGUUGGAAGAAGGGAUCUUCUCAGCUGUAGGAACCCUGCUUGUCCUUUGGGGGGUGGGGCAGAUGUGUGGGAUGUUCAGUAUUUAAAGAAAACCUUCAUCUUAGGUAAAUCUGAAAUGGUACUAAAAUCAUGUUCUGCUUUUCUAUGGGUGUUUAUUUUAUAAAAUUUUACAUUCUAAAUUUUUGCUAAAGAUGUAUUUUGGUUAUUGAAAAGAAAAUUUCUAUUUAAACUGUAAAUAUGUUGUCAGUGUUAAAUAACCUAUUUUUUUAAAAAAUUUCAACUUAAGGUUUGAGUUCCAAGCUACUAGUGUUACAUUGGAAAAUAUCAACAAAUAAAGAGUAUUUUAACCCAAGAAAUCCUCUUGAGGGAGUUUACUAGAACAUUCCUUUUUUCCACAUGAGUAUCAGCAUUUUUCACAAGAGAGCUUAACGUUGUCUGUACAUCAGACAUUGUUAAUUAGGAAACCUUUAAAAAAAUUCCGGUUGACAAAUGUCAGUAUCUGUUUGCGUCUCUCCUAAAGACAUAAGGAGCUGUAAGGUUAGCUUUUCACUCAAACUGUCUGUGCCCAAAGACCACCCAGAACUGCUUGGACGUACAUGUGAUAUGUCAGCCAAUCCCUGGGCUUGAGUCUUGUGCCCUACCCUAGAUUGAUACUGCCUGCUAACACGAAGGCUAGCCAGCAUGUGCACUGCCAUCUUUACUGCCCGGACAGGACCUCUGUGCUCGCUUUAUCAUGGUGGACAGUUCUACGGCGGACACUUCAGGAAGGGUGGAUGUCCUCCAUGUGGUACUGUGGUACCCCAGCCUUUGGGUCCCCUGUGGCAGAGCUCUUUUGGGUUGUGGAUGGCUCACGGAACAAAGCAGCUACUGCUGUUUGGUUUUAAAAUUCAUUUUACUUAUUUGUGUAGUUCCUAAGACUGUCCAGGGCCAAAGGCAGUUCUGGAAUCACCUACAACAGUGUUUUUUAAGAAAAUGAGUUCCACUAUUCCUCUUUGCCAUGAAGAAAGCACAGAGGCACCACGGGUUGCAUCUCGCUUCACAAUAAACCAUUAUGUGGCGGCAGGGAGGCCAAUCUUUUGAAGCAGGUUGGGGAGUGCAGCCAGGGCAGAAAGCCUGAUGGCAAGAAAAGUGAAAUGCCUGAAUCAAGGCCAUUUUCUGAUUUUGAUUUUAAAGUCUUUAUCUACCCAAGACACUGCUGCUCACUGUGUGUGGGACAUUAGAAACAUCAUUCAACAGCCUUUGUUCUUCAAGAGCAGCUGUUCUUCACCUCAGAUACGUCGCUGUGUUAAACUCCUGAUACGAAGCAGUUUGAAGGAGCUGCUCGGAGGAGCGCCCCCAGUUCCACUGUGUGCUUAAAGGAUGGUUUCUGUGUGGAAGGAUGUAGUCAUCUUGGGAUUAAACUUCUAGUGUCUUAAUUUUUUGUACUUUGGGUUUUUUUUUUGUAACUGAAUACUUGAGACUUACGUUGACUUUUCUUUUGUUAAGUUAUGUGAAUACUUUGCCGUGGGGUUUGGCAGAAGCAGUGGGCAACUCUUCACAUUUGCUUAAUGGUACCCAUCUUCUUUUGUGUUUGUGUCUUAAAUGCUUAGACUUAAGACUGUCCCUUCAUCUUCACCCCCUCGCCCCCUUUGGUAGAAAGGCAUAGUGUUCCCAUUCUCUCAUUGGUUGGGGAGCAACACUUUGGCUGCCAUCUUGGUUGUCAUAGUGAUAGGGUGGCCUUAUCGCCUCCCUUCUUAUGACCCUGAAACCUCCCAUCCUAGUGCCAUGUGAACUGAGUCUGACAGAGAGAAGCGAGUAUGGAGUCUGGGAAGUAGUUGCCUAAUACUG